AUUCACCACGAGAUGACUAUAGUGUGAUCUUCUAAAUUCAACAUUGAAUGUUGUAAAAUACUGCGACUGCAAACAGCAUGGUUGUUACACGUUAUUUCCAGAUCUCAAAGAGACAAUUAAGUUUCCUGGGGUCAUCUUUCAGUCAAAAACAAAAAACAUUUACCGAAACUGCGUCCGAAGGGAAGAAAAAAGGUGGUCCCCUGGCUGAUCAAGACCGUAUCUUCACAAAUUUAUAUGGUAGACAUGAUUGGAGAUUGAAGGGUGCCCUGAAAAGAGGAGAUUGGUACAAGACUAAAGAAAUCAUUGAAAAGGGUGCAGACUGGAUUAUCAAUGAGAUCAAGAUAUCUGGGCUAAGAGGUCGUGGAGGUGCAGCUUUUCCAACUGGCAUGAAAUGGUCUUACAUGAACAAGCCCUCAGAUGGAAAACCAAAAUAUUUGGUAAUUAAUGGAGAUGAGGGUGAACCUGGCACCUGCAAGGAUCGUGAAAUCCUACGUCAUGAGCCUCACAAAUUGUUAGAAGGUUGUUUAAUUGCUGGCAGUGCUAUGGGAGCUUGUGCUGCUUACAUCUACAUCCGUGGUGAAUUUUAUAAUGAAGCAUCAAGUAUACAAGUUGCUAUUGCAGAAGCUUACCAAGCAGGUUUGAUUGGCAAGAAUGCCUGUGGCUCUGGCUACGAUUUUGAUAUCUUUGUCCAAAGAGGUGCAGGAGCAUACAUUUGCGGAGAGGAAACUGCUCUCAUAGAAUCUAUCGAAGGAAAACAAGGAAAGCCAAGAUUAAAACCACCAUUUCCAGCUGAGAUUGGAUUAUUCGGGUGUCCUACUACUGUUACAAAUGUUGAAACUGUCACAGUAUCUACUGCUAUAUAUAAACGAGGCGGAGCAUGGUUUGCAUCACUUGGCCGUCCACGUAAUCAUGGGACUAAAUUAUUUAACAUCUCGGGGCAUGUGAACAAUCCAUGCACUGUGGAAGAAGAAGUGUCUAUUCCUCUGAAGGAACUUAUUGAAAGACAUGCUGGAGGAGUAAUUGGUGGGUGGGAUAAUCUGCUGGGUGUGAUUCCUGGUGGAUCUUCCACUGCUGUUAUUCCUAAAAGCGUGUGCGAUACAGUAUUAAUGGACUUUGAUGAUCUUAUCAGAGUGCAGAGCGCUUUUGGUACUGCAGCUGUGAUCGUGAUGAACAAACAGACUGAUAUUAUUAAAGCUAUUACUCGUCUCAUUAGUUUUUAUAAGCACGAAUCUUGUGGUCAGUGCAGUCCUUGUCGUGAAGGAACAAGUUGGGUGUACAAAAUUAUGACAAGAUUUGUUCAUGGGCAAGCAGAAAUACACGAAAUAGAUAUGCUGUGGGAAAUAACCAAACAGAUUGAAAAACAUACUAUUUGCUUUUUAGCGGAUUGUACAGCAUGGCCAAUUCAGGGAUUGAUUAGGCAUUUCAGACCAGAAAUAGAAGCACGCAUUAAGCGAUGUACGAAAGCAAUAUCCAAUUAAGUUAAAGAUAUAAAUAUUUAAUACUAGUAAACGUUCCGAUGCUUGUGAACAAUAAAAUAUGCAGCUACAAGUGCUAAUGGUUAAGGCGCGAGACAACUGUAUUUGGUUGCAUGCCUUUGUUUAUUGCAUGUAUUUCGUGCUUCAGAAAAUAUUGAAUUACAUCGAUUAAUGGACGGUUCAUCAUCCAUGACGAAGGAAUACAAUCUUUAUUCUGGCGAUGGAGUAUAACCUGAAGAAUUUGAGAUUGGAUAAACUAACCAGCACUAUUCUCAUUUUCGGUAGAAUGCUGGAGAAGGCGAGUAGAUGCAGCAUCAAAUGACAGAUAUGGAGGAACACAUUUGAGUUGAGUAACGAUAAGGAUGGAUGGCUCGAUUAUCUGGUCUGGACAAGAAGGAACAGCAACAGCAACAAAAACAAUCGCUAAAGAUGACAGUAGACAUGCAGAUUGAAUUAGAAUUGCCUACCAUUUCCGAUCAGAUUUUAGUUUUAUGAAUAACAAGAUGAUAGAUUGCGAAUGCAAAGUAAAGAUACCCGAAAUCAUCCAAUUUGAUCAUGUAUCCGCAUGUUUGUCGUUAUUGCGGCCUGGGUUGGGAAUAUGAAAUUCCACUUCCAGUCUGGGCAGCCGAUGGUUAAACCGAUAGUUCCAGUCUGCGUAACAUCGAACCGAGCUAUCACUACUCUUUGUACCCUUUAAUAUUCUUACUUCGUGCCUUCUAUCCGCCAGCGAUCUCCACCAUCGUUCAUGUACCCGUCUCUAUAAAUAAGUCGCUGGACUCGCAAACAAGUAGAACUCUUCACGCUACUGCAAUGCAUCUGUCUGGAUUGUGCCUAGGAUGAUUCUGAAUGAUUCAUUCUAGAUUCAUCAAUGAUAUUUUAAUGUUCUCGAUAGCAUCGUAGAUCAUAAAUGAAAAAGAGUGAUCGAUGGCGAAGUAUGAGCAUUGCUGCAACAUUAACUAUCUUGAGAAAAAAGUGUCUGGAGGUGUUCCAUUAAUCUUCCGCGGA